UCACCCCUUUUGCUUUCUUAGCCAAAACACCAACAUGUCCUAUUAGAACAACAAUUUGGCACUCUGCAAAAGAAGUUAACAGCUACUGGUAAAGAGGAAACAGAUCUCAAAUGGAUUCCAAAUAUUUCAUCUUAAUUUUGUUUUCUGGAUACCUGAACAGUAUAUUUUGCUCAGGGACAGAAGCAAAUACAACAGAAAAGCAACCACAAUCCACUUUAUUUACAUCAUCAAUGCCAUAUAGCUCAGCUAAAGUUCAAAACACAACAGAGAAUCUUUCAGAUCAACCAAAACAAUCAAUAACAUCUGUCAAAGUCACUGCUGGACAACCAACAUCAGCUAUCCGUACCCUUUCUGGAAAACCAACAAAAUAUACUCCUGCUAGACCACUUACCUAUAUCAUCACCAAUCAACCAACAGCAGUAGCCAGCACUUCAUUCUCACAAACAGCAUCAGAUAUGUCGACCUCUACCAGACAACUACUGCCUUCUGCCCACACUUCCAUCAGACAACCAUCAACAUCAUCACUUUCCUACACUCCUACUCAACAACCAUCGUACACUCCUACUCAACAACCGUCGUUACCUGUAGACACAUCUUCUAGAAAAUCAGUGCUACCGACUGUUGGUUAUCUAUCCAUACAGUCAACACCAGCUGUCCAAAAUUUACCUGGGAAUACACCAGGGUUCAAUUUAACUACCACUAACAAAAGAAUUUCAAAUAAUUAUAAUUCAAUAACUGCCAUAUUAAUCGGUACAAUUCUGACUUCUAUGCUCGUAGCUAUAAUCGUAAUUGUACUAUGGAAAUGCUUGAGAAAACCAGUUUUAAAUGAUCAAAACUGGGCAGGCAGGUCUCCAUUUGCUGAUGGAGAAACCCCUGAUAUAUGUAUGGAUAACAUUAGGGAAAAUGAAGUAUCCACAAAACGUACAUCAAUUGUUUCACUUAUGACCUGGAAACCCAGCAAAAGCACACUUUUAGCAGAUGACUUAGAAAUUAAGUUGUUUCAAUCAAGUGAAAACAUUGAAGAUGCCAACGACCCCAAAACAGAGAAAAUAAAAGAUCAAGUAAAUGGUACAUCAGAUGACAGUGCUGAUGGGUCAACAAUUGGUACCGCUGUUUCUUCUUCAGAUGAUUCUAAUCAAGAUUUUAAUCAGCCUCCACCACCUCCCCUCCUUGAUUUGGAAGGACGAGAGAGUAACCAAUCUGACAAACACAUAAUGACAAUUGUACCUCCUCUUCCAAAUGAUCCUACUAAUUUCCAACCAACUCUGAACAGUCUGAAUCAAGACUCUGAAGAUCAUAAUUCUAAAACCAAACAGUCAUUUACAUCAUGCCCUGACUCAUUUAAUUUGCCCUUGCCACCAGAAGAUUUUAUAAAAAAUCAAGAAGAUUCCAACAAUGAGAUCCAGUGUCAAGAGUUUUCUAUACUUCCUGACUCUAAUCAAGAUUUUAAUGAUUCUCUGCCACCACCACCUGCAGAAUUAUUGUAAAUAUCACAACUUACUUUUAGCCAAUCUUCUAUCUUUAAAUGAUUCUAUCUUCUAUUAUUCCUCAAGUGAUGUAAUAUAUAAAAUGUUAAAUUGGUAGCCAAUUUCAAUCUUUUAUUCAGGAACUACCAGAAAUGUAUACAAAACCCACGUGUAUAAGCGAAUUUUUUUUUAAAUUAUAAAACAAUGAUAUGUUUAUUAGCUAUAAA